AUGCCAGGACCCUUGGACGCACUAGGGGAGAGAAGAUGGCACACACAGAGGGCCUCCUUCUCGUUCAGCUUUUGAAUUGCCCUCUCACCUCACACAGUAGAUUAUUGCCUCUCCUGUGAACUGUGCAAGAGGCGGUGGCAUGGGCAUGGCCUGGCUACACAGUGGCCCAGGCUCUCCUCAUUCCGAUGUUAG